CUUUUGGAGUGAAAGAGGAGGAGGGGGAGAUGACUGUCACAUUGGAAGAAGAAGAGGAUGAAGAGGAGGAAACUGAAUAUCUGGGCUCGGUUUCCCAAAGGCAUGUUAAGGCAUCCAAUGGUUCUAAUGAUGAACGUGCCCUGAUUAACACUAGAGAGAGAUGUGACUAUCCUGGGUCCUCGGGGGAGUCUCAACAACAUCAUGAUGCUGAAGAUGCAGAGAAGAGUCUCUCCAGAUCAGAACACCUCAAGAAACACCAGCAGAGACCUACAUUGAAUAAUCCUUACUGCUGCUCUGACUGUGAGAAGACCUGCAAAUCUAAAUCAGAACUUGAAAUACACCGGAGAAUCCACACAGGAGAAAAGCCGUACCAUUGCUCUCAUUGUGGAAUGAGUUUCUCUAGAUCAUAUUCAUUGAAAACACACCUGCUAAUUCACACAGGAGAGAAAUCUUAUAGCUGUACUCAAUGUGGGAAGAGUUUUACUACAUCUUCCAAUCUGACUAAACAUCAGAAAACACACACAACAGAGAAACCUUAUAGCUGUGAUCAAUGUGGGAAGAGUUAUGUUACAUCUAGCUAUCUGACUUUACACCAGAGAACACACACUGGAGAUAAAUCUUAUAGCUGUGAUCAAUGUGGGAGGAGUUAUGUUACAUCUAGCUCUCUGACAGUACACCAGAGAACACACACAGGAGAGAAACCAUUUAGCUGUACUCAAUGUGGGAAGAGUUUUACUACAUCUAGCUCUCUGAAGGUACACAAGAGAACACACACAGGAGAGAAACCAUGUACCUGUACUCAAUGUGGGAAGAGUUUUACUCGGUCAAGCUCCCUGGUAAUGCACCAGAGAAUACACACAGGAGAGAAACCAUAUAGCUGUAAUCAAUGUGGGAAGCGUUUUACUCAGCCAAAUGGACUGAUAUUACACCAGCGGACACACACAGGAGAGAAACCAUAUAGUUGUACUCAAUGCGGGAAGAGUUUUAUUCAGGCAAGCUGCCUGAAAGUACACCUGAGAACGCACACAGGAGAGAAAUCUUAACACUGCUCUGACUGCAAAAAAGUUUUGUUAGCUUAAGUGAUUUAAAAUAUCACCGGAGAAUAGACACAGGAGAGAAACCUUAUAGCUGUGAUCAAUGUGGGCAGAGUUGUACUACAUCUAGCCAUCUAAUUGUACACCAGAGAACACACACAGGA